UCAUGUGAUGGCUCCGGUGAUGUGGGAGGCAGCAUGUGACUCCCAGGGCUACGUGGGCUCAAAAACAAUUUAAAUACAAAAACACAAGCAGGUUCCCCUCCUCUCCGUUGCCUUUUGGUCUGGCUCUCCCUACCUUUGGGGUGGUGCCUGACUGAAUGGAAAAGCCAGCGCCUUGCAGCCACUAAGCUGGAGGUGCUGGGUACCUGGAGAUCAGGCCCCCCUCGGCUGGGGGCUCCCCCAGGAGCCGUACCCCCAUCAUUUUGCAGCCCACUGACUUCCAGCCUGGUAUGAAAACUGAGGUCCACAGAGGUGAUGUGAUUUGCCAAAAGUCAUGCAACUAGUGGCAGAGCCAGGCCUAGAAGCCAGGUGCCCUGGCUCUCAAGACAUUCCGCUGCCGGAGGAGUGUAACAGGGAUUUAGUGCAAGAAGAAGAACAGUUGAUGGAAGAAAAGAAAAAGAAAAAAGACGACAAGAAAAAGAAGGAAGCUGCUCAAAAGAAGGCCACUGAACAAAAAAUCAAAGUGCCAGAACAGAUAAAGCCCAGUGUAAGCCAGCCUCAGCCUGCCAACUCUAGUAACGGCACUUCCACAGCAACCAGCACUAAUAAUAAUGCCAAGCGAGCUACAGCCAACAAUCAGCAGCAGCCGCAGCCGCAACAGCCACAGCCGCAGCCGCAGCAGCUACAACAGCCACAGCCGCAGCCUCAGCAGCAGCAGCAGCAGCCUCAGCAGCCGCAGCCGCAGCAGCAGCCGCCACCACAGGCCUUGCCUCGGUAUCCUCGCGAAGUACCUCCACGAUUUCGCCACCAGGAACAUAAACAGCUUCUAAAGAGGGGUCAGCAUUUUCCAGUCAUAGCAGCCAACCUGGGAUCUGCUGUUAAGGUGUUAAGCAGCCAGUCAGAAAGCAGUGCUUUAACCAGUCCACAGCCACAGAGUAACGGAGAGGUGCAGAGCAGCAGAAACCAGUCAGAUAUCAACCACAACACUUCAGGAUCCCAGUAUGAAAAUUCCCAGCGGGGACCUCUGUCUUCUGCAAGUGACUCUAGCACAAACUGUAAGAAUGCUGUUGUAAACGACUUGUCAGACAAAGAAGCAUGGCCCUCCGUCUCUGGCAGUGAUCCUGAGUUGGCUUCAGAAUGCAUGGAUGCUGCUUGUGCCUCCAGUUCUGAAUCCGAGAGAAACAUCACUAUCAUGGCUUCAGGGAGCACAGGUGGUGAAAAAGAUGGCCUCCGGAAUAGCGCUGGACUUGGUUCUCAAAACAAGUUUGUGGUUGGCGGCAGCGGCAGCAGCAGCAGCAGCAAUAAUGCAGGCCACGGAAGUAGUACUGGGCCGUGGGGCUUUCCCCAUGGAGCCAUAAUAAGCACAUGUCAGGUCUCUGUGGAUGCUCCUGAAAGCAAGUCUGACAGUAGCAACAAUAGAAUGAAUGCUUGGGGCACUGUAAGUUCUUCAUCAAAUGGAGGGUUAAAUCCAAGCACUUUGAAUUCAGCUAGCAACCAUGGUGCCUGGCCAGUAUUAGAGAACAAUGGACUUGCCCUAAAAGGGCCUGUAGGGAGCGGUAGUUCUGGCAUCAAUAUUCAGUGCAGUACCAUAGGCCAGAUGCCUAACAAUCAGAGUAUUAACUCUAAAGCGAGUGGUUCUUCUACCCAUGGUACCUGGGGAAGCCUUCAGGAAACUUGUGAAACUGAAGUAAGUGGUACACAGAAGGUUUCAUUCAGUGGUCAACCUCAAAAUAUUACCACUGAAAUGACUGGACCAAAUAACACUACUAACUUUAUGACCUCUAGUUUACCAAACUCCGGUUCAGUACAGAAUAAUGAACUGCCUAGUAGUAAUACAGGGGCCUGGCGCGUGAGCACAAUGAAUCAUCCUCAGAUACAGGCUCCGUCAGUUAUGAAUGGCACUUCCCUGUCUCAUCUUAGCAAUGGAGAGUCCAAAAGUGGAGGCUCUUAUGGUACUACAUGGGGUGCCUAUGGUUCUAAUUACUCUGGAGACAAAUGUUCAGGCCCUAACGGCCAAGCUAAUGGUGACACUGUGAAUGCAACUCUAAUGCAGCCUGGCAUGAAUGGGCCCAUGGGCACUAACUUUCAAGUUAACACAAAUAAAGGAGGAGGAGGAGUGUGGGAGUCUGGGGCAGCGAAUUCCCAGAGCACGUCAUGGGGAAGUGGAAAUGGUGCGAAUUCUGGAGGAAGUCGAAGAGGAUGGGGAACCCCGGCACAGAAUACUGGCACUAAUAUACCCAGUGUUGAGUGGAACAAACUGCCUAGCAAUCAGCAUUCCAAUGACAGUGCAAAUGGCAACGGUAAGAAGUUUACAAAUGGAUGGAAAUCUACUGAGGAAGAGGAUCAGGGUUCUGCCACAUCUCAGACAAGUGAGCAAAACAGUGUCUGGGCCAAAACAGGGGGUGCAGUAGAGAGCGACGGUAGUACAGAAAGCACUGGACGCCUUGAAGAGAAAGUAACUGGGGAAAGUCAGAGUAGAGAUAGAAGGAAAAUGGAUCAGCACACCUUACUCCAAAGCAUUGUAAACAGAACUGACUUAGAUCCACGUGUCCUGUCCAACUCCGGUUGGGGACAAACACCUAUUAAGCAGAAUACUGCCUGGGAUACUGAAACAUCACCCAGAGGGGAAAGAAAGACUGACAAUGGGACAGAGGCCUGGGGAAGCUCUGCAACACAGACUUUUAACUCAGGGGCGUGUACAGAUAAGACUAGCCCUAAUAGUAAUGAUACCUCAUCUGUAUCGGGCUGGGGCGAUCCCAAACCUGCCCUGCGGUGGGGAGAUUCCAAAGGCUCAAACUGCCAAGGGGGGUGGGAGGACGAUUCGUCUGCUGCUACAGGAAUGAUCAAGAGCAAUCAAUGGGGGAACUGCAAAGAAGAGAAGUCCGCUUGGAAUGAUUCGCAAAAGAACAAACAGGGAUGGGGUGAUGGACAAAAAUCAAACCAAGGUUGGUCUGUUUCUGCCAGUGAUAACUGGGGAGAAACUUGUAGGAGUAACCAUUGGGGAGAGGCCAAUAAGAAAUCCAGCUCAGGAGGGAGUGACAGUGACAGAUCCGUCUCUGGUUGGAAUGAACUGGGUAAAACAAGUUCUUUCACUUGGGGAAAUAACAUAAAUCCAAAUAACUCGUCAGGAUGGGAUGAAUCUUGUAAACCUAGUCCCUCCCCUGGGUGGGGAGACCCUCCAAAGUCUGCUCAGUCUCUAGGUUGGGGAGAUUCAUCCAAGCCAGUCACUUCUCCCGACUGGAACAAGCAACAAGACCUUGUCGGCUCCUGGGGCAUCCCGCCAGCUCCCAGCAAGCCGCCUGGGACAGGCUGGCUGGGGGGACCCAUCCCAGCUCCAGCAAAAGAAGAAGAGCCCACAGGCUGGGAGGAACCAUCCCCAGAAUCUAUACGACGCAAAAUGGAGAUCGACGAUGGAACUUCGGCUUGGGGAGACCCGAGCAAGUACAACUACAAAAAUGUGAACAUGUGGAACAAAAACGUCCCGAAUGGCAGCAGCCGUUCAGACCAGCCAGCACCGGUGCAUCAGCUGCUGCCAUCUGCAAGUGCCAUCUCAAACAAAGAGGCGAGCAGUGGCUCCGGCUGGGGUGAGCCCUGGGGGGAGCCUUCUACUCCAGCCACAACUGUGGAUAAUGGAACUUCAGCAUGGGGGAAACCCAUAGACAGUGGUCCCAGCUGGGGGGAGCCGAUUGCUGCAGCAUCCAGCGCAUCCACGUGGGGCUCCAGCUCUGUUGGUCCACAAGCAUUAAACAAAUCUGGGCCAAAAUCUAUGCAAGAUGGCUGGUGUGGUGAGGAUAUGCCGCUGCCUGGAAAUCGCCCCACUGGCUGGGAAGAGGAAGAGGAUGUCGAAAUUGGAAUGUGGAAUAGUAAUUCAUCUCAAGAGCUCAACUCAUCUUUAAAUUGGCCACCAUAUACAAAGAAAAUGUCAUCGAAGGGUCUGAGUGGCAAAAAAAGGAGAAGGGAAAGGGGAAUGAUGAAAGGUGGAAACAAACAAGACGACGCAUGGAUAAAUCCGUUUGUUAAACAGUUUUCAAAUAUCAGUUUUUCGAGAGACUCACCAGAAGAAAAUGUACAGAGCAAUAAGAUGGACCUUUCUGGAGGAAUGUUACAAGAGAAACGAAUGGAGAUAGAUAAACAUAGCCUAAAUAUUGGUGAUUACAAUCGAACGGUCGGGAAAGGCCCUGGUUCUCGGCCUCAGGUUUCCAAAGAGUCUUCCAUGGAGCGCAGUCCUUAUUUUGAUAAGAAUGGCAAUCCCAGUAUGUUUGGUGUUGGAAACACAGCAGCACAACCCCGGGGCAUGCAGCAGCCUCCAGCACAACCUCUUAGCUCAUCUCAGCCUAAUCUCCGUGCUCAAGUGCCUCCUCCAUUACUCUCCCCUCAGGUUCCAGUUUCAUUGCUGAAGUAUGCACCAAACAACGGUGGCCUGAAUCCGCUCUUUGGCCCUCAGCAGGUAGCCAUGCUGAACCAGCUAUCCCAACUAAACCAGCUUUCUCAAAUCUCCCAGUUACAGCGAUUGUUAGCACAGCAGCAAAGGGCGCAGAGUCAGAGAAGCGUGCCUUCUGGUAACCGGCAGCAGCAAGACCAGCAGGGUCGACCUCUUAGCGUGCAGCAACAAAUGAUGCAGCAGUCUCGUCAGCUUGAUCCAAACCUGCUGGUGAAACAACAGACUCCGUCGUCACAGCAGCAGUCACUCCAUCAACCAGCCAUGAAGUCUUUCCUGGACAACGUCAUGCCCCACACUACACCUGAGCUGCAAAAAGGGCCAUCACCAAUAAAUGCUUUCAGCAACUUCCCUAUAGGCUUGAACUCAAACUUGAAUGUAAAUAUGGAUAUGAACAGUAUUAAAGAGCCACAGUCACGACUAAGGAAGUGGACGGCAGUGGACAGCAUUUCUGUGAACACAUCUUUGGAUCAAAACUCCAGCAAACAUGGUGCUAUUUCAAGUGGUUUCCGGCUGGAAGAGUCUCCAUUUGUUCCCUACGACUUUAUGAACAGCAGUACUUCACCAGCCAGUCCUCCAGGUUCAAUAGGAGAUGGCUGGCCCCGUGCCAAAUCGCCUAAUGGCUCUAGCAGUGUUAACUGGCCACCAGAAUUUCGCCCUGGUGAACCAUGGAAAGGUUAUCCAAACAUUGACCCCGAAACUGACCCUUACGUCACUCCUGGCAGUGUCAUAAACAAUCUUUCAAUUAAUACUGUGCGGGAAGUUGACCACCUCAGGGACAGGAACAGUGGGUCAUCCUCAUCCUUGAACACCACGCUGCCUUCAACUAGUGCCUGGUCAUCCAUUCGUGCCUCCAACUACAACGUUCCCCUCAGCAGUACAGCACAAAGCACUUCAGCCAGAAAUAGUGAUUCCAAAUUGACGUGGUCUCCUGGUUCAGUUACAAACACCUCUCUGGCUCAUGAGCUGUGGAAAGUCCCUUUGCCACCUAAAAACAUCACUGCUCCGUCCCGCCCACCACCGGGACUGACUGGUCAGAAGCCGCCCUUGUCUACGUGGGAUAAUUCUCCCCUUCGUGUAGGUGGAGGAUGGGGAAAUUCUGACGCCAGAUACACCCCAGGUUCCAGCUGGGGUGAGAGCAGCUCAGGGAGAAUAACAAAUUGGCUUGUUCUAAAAAACCUUACACCUCAGAUUGAUGGCUCAACUCUGCGUACCCUGUGCAUGCAGCAUGGCCCACUGAUCACAUUCCACCUGAACCUCCCACAUGGAAAUGCCCUGGUCCGUUACAGUUCAAAGGAAGAGGUAGUGAAGGCACAAAAGUCUCUGCACAUGUGUGUACUGGGGAACACGACUAUUCUUGCUGAGUUUGCCAGUGAAGAGGAGAUCAGUCGUUUCUUUGCACAAAGUCAGUCUCUGACCCCUUCUCCUGGCUGGCAGUCUCUCGGGUCCAGCCAGAGCCGGCUGGGCUCCCUCGACUGUUCCCACUCCUUCUCCAGCCGGACCGAUCUCAAUCACUGGAAUGGUGCUGGGCUGUCGGGAACUAACUGUGGAGACCUUCACGGCACUUCACUCUGGGGGACCCCCCAUUAUUCCACAAGCCUGUGGGGUCCUCCAAGCAGCAGCGACCCCCGAGGAAUUAGCAGCCCAUCCCCCAUUAAUGCUUUUCUUUCUGUUGACCACCUGGGUGGGGGUGGAGAGUCCAUGUAAGGUGUAGAUGUAGACUCAAACUGUGACCUCAAGACGCGCAAGAAAGGAGCACUAAAAAGUUGGGCUCGCCGCCUGCAGCCAGGGGCCACCUGUGGGAACAGCUAUUCUCUGCACAUUUUCCACUUUGUUUUCCCCAAAACAUAUCAGUUUGAAUACUUGAAUCAUGCAGGCCAAUAUUAUAAUGUGAAAAGGUAUCUAUCUAUUUACACUCCCAAAUAGCGCCAUACCUUCUAAGCCGUAUCGGAUGAGCUCACUUGUGUGUAUCCAUCAUGUUGAAGCCUUCGCGUUCUUUCUUUCUCCUCUCCCUCCUCCUCUCCUCACCACCGCCCCCGCCCCCCUUUCUUCUUCUUUCUGUGACCUUUUUCAGUUUCUUUGCAAAACCGUGUUUUGGGCUGGUAAUGUAUGAGCUUUUACCUUUGCACUGAAUGAUGUUCUGUCCGUCUAAUCGGCAAUAUGGGGGGGCAGCUGUUCCGGUGUAAAUGUUUACUCAAGGACGUCCUUCAGAGGUGUGUGCUCUCUAUGCCUUGACGUCGCCUACCUUCUUGUGCUAUCGUGGAGUUUAAAAGAUCAAGUUAUGAUACUGACUUAGGAUUUAUUAAUGAAAGUGUUGCACCAGUUUUUUUUUUUUUUUCUCAUGUAAAACUAAAGAAUUUUCGCUCUGCAGUUUGAAAAACUGUGGCCACAGCUGUGACUCGCAGCCCACCUGCCACCCAGGACGGGCCCUGCACUUUGAAUAGGCUUUUCCAUUUUGUUUUGAAGGUUCCCACGGUGAAUCUUCUUGUUUACAGAUUUUUUUGUUUGUUUUUGAGAAGAAGAAAAAUGUUUACUCUUCCAUCAUUUAAAAAAAUUUUAAAAGACAAAAAAAAAAAAUGGAGGAUGAUUUAAAAGAUGCUUUCUAUCUCUGGGACAAAAGGAGCAGCAUUUGGCCAUGUUCUUUUGUUUUCUAUUCCUGUCCUGAAUCAAAGAGCGUGGUUCUCAGGAAAACCAGUUCCCCAGUUAAAAAAAAUAAAUAAAUAAAAAGACAAAAAAAAAAAAAACCCCUCCUUGUAGUUUCUUAUAGGAAAAAAAAAAAGAAAACCCCAACUUUUAGCACUGAUACUACAUAGAGCUCUGUUAAAGAAUUUUCUCUGCCAAAAAAAAAAAAAAGACAAAAAAAAAGCCAGGAAAAAAAAAAAAAAAACGCUUAAAGCUGGAGUUGGACAUCCCGCUUUCCGAUGCUGUCUUUUUAUUAGUGAGUGAUGAUGGUUUGCUGAUAAUCGGUAGAUGAUCAUUUUUGUAACCCCAUCAAGUGGCUCUCUGUUUCUGCUCUCGUGACUGUGUUCCUGUCUAACUGUUGUUCCUUAAAGCCGAAAUCAGUAACUAUGCAUACUGUAACCAAGGCAUUGGGCUUACAGAGUUGUUUGUUGUAUAAAGAAAAUUUUAAAUGUUGUUGCAAAACUAACGAGUUACACCAUUUUUAAAUUUCUCCCCCCACCCCCCACCCCCCCGCCGCCCAGCCCCUUUUUUGCCCACAAAUGGUAUUAUAAUGCUUGCUUAGUCAAAGAAGAGAGACUAAACAAGGGUAAAAGUUUUAACAGUACACAAUUUGCCAUCAUUUCAUUGCCUUGAUUCUAACUGUUUGUGUCCUAAGAUGCAAAAGAAGUCAGUGGCUUUUAACUGUUUACAAAUAGAAUGUGAUUGUAAAAUGUACAGUUUGGUUGUGUUUGAAUUAUGAAAUUUCUUCAGAUAUAAUAAACCAUGACUUUUUUGGCUGCUCAA